GAGCGAGAGAGAGAGAGAGAGAGCCAGGCAGAGAAGCCCGGGUCUGUUCCGCGAGUGGCCACUAGAGGCGCUGCAGAGCCAGGUGCCACCCUUCAUCAUUUGCAGCCCCGUCCCUGCAGCGACCAUGAGCGACCUGCGGCUCAUCCUCCUCCUCCUCCUCCUCGCCGCCUUGGGUUGCUCCGAUGCCGGCAGCACUACAGCUACCACUUUGGAAGCACAAAGUGCCAGACAGCAAACUUCAGACAGCACUUCUGAUAAUGCAGCAUCACUUCCAGGAAAAUCCAUCUCAGAAUCAUCCAGCAGCACACAACAUCUUAGUCAAACUGAGAAGACUCCUGCCCUUGUAUUCAGACGAGAAAAUAUUACCAUAAGUGGAUUUCCUGACACUACAUUAACAACAAACAUCACAUUAGAGAAGCCAACUGAACUUGAACUGUUGUGUAGUUUGGUUAUCAAGCCUUCUACAGAAAGGGAAAUCAUGGAGGUUUCCUGGAAGACAGGUGAUGCAACAAUACAAGAGGAAAUCCUCAACAGGACAGAAACCCAUACUAAGUGGUGCACUCGACAUACGAUAAACGUUGAAAAGGAGGACCAAAUGAAAAGUUACACCUGCAUUUACAAAACUACCCCAGAAAUAAAUGCAACAUUUAAUUUACAAGUGCCCGAGAUACACAUAAAAUCCAAGAAAAUCACCAGUUAUGUAGGUGAUUAUGUGGUCCAAACAUGUACAGUUGGCAAGGAUGCAAAGCAUUAUACCCCUUCUUCUUGGGCCUGGUAUGCAACCAACGGAAGUAAUGAGGAGUUUAUUAAUGCUACUGCCAUGCCAGAGAAAUACACCAUCAUCAAUAAUCAUGCUAAUAAUGUAACCAAACUGAAGAUCAUGACUCUUACUGAGAAAGACAGUGGUUCUUACUGGUGUGAAGCCACCUUUCCUUUAGGCAAAAGCAAAGGGAAGGUGUCUUUGACAGUCCUCACCUAUCUGGCACCACUUAAACCCUUUCUUGCUGUCACCGCUGAAGUUAUUGUUUUAGUUGCUGCCAUUUUUAUGUAUGAAGUAUGUACCAAAAGGAAGGAAGUUCAAGUUGAAGUCGAAAAGGAAUUUGAACAAGCAGAAACACUAAAAUCAGAAGACAGCAACGGUUUGGAAAACAAUACAAGGCAAAGAAAAAACUGAGUGCUUUGGAGAUGGAAGGCAACAGAUGAAUAUCCAUGGCAAAAGAAAAGUUCAGCCAGAAGUUGCUUGAGGAAAGAAUUCAGCUUAUAUGUCUUAAGAAAAAAUAUGCUUAAAAUGCCUUUUUAGAAAUGAAUUUAUGCAAUGAUGCUACUGUUAUGCACAUCAGUGUACAUGUACUGUAUGAACCCAUGGUGUUGUCAGUGUUCCCAUGGUUAUAUCUAUUGGAGCCUUUUGGCUUCAAUUAGAAAUAACCCAGCCUUAAUUGUUUAGCCAUUAGUCUGGAUUUGUAUAUAUGGAGACAUUUAUUUUGCUUUACUAUGUUUUAUUGUAUAUGAUGUCCAGCUGUAGUCAAAGACCUUACCCCAGGCUACUUUUUUAUUCAAAGAAAUUAGGGCAGCAACAGAUUAAUCUGUAUGAGUCUUGAAUCUGUAUUUUUUGAUAUUUAACCUAGCAGCAAUUUAUUCAAAAAUGCUCCAGCUGUUGAAAAUAUUUUGUUAGCUGGUGGGGCUUUUAUUAGAGUCUCCAGUAUCUUCUCUUUCUUUUUCUUUGAAUUUUGCUUUUUGUAAGGAAAUAAAUUGCUAACACUCAUGUUUGAAAAGCUCUGGAAUAUUAGGAUAGCAAUUGAGAGUCUUGAACAUUAGAAAACAACAGUUUCUGCCUUUGGACGGUUAAGCUGUAAUAUUAAACCCAGUUGAAUUGC